AUUCUCUCCCCUUCUUCCCAAUUCCCAUCACAUUCACACUCACAUUCAAAAUCUCAACAAAAAUAUUUAUUUUUCACAAAAAAACAAAAUAAAAAAAAAAAACCAAACUUUUCUACUUAUAAAUUUCAAAACAGUCCAAAUAUCCCUCCCUCUUCAACCCUUUUUCCCUACAACCUUUUGUCUUCAACCCUUUUCUCUAUCAUCUUCCCCAACAAUGUUAACCCUUUUUUCUUCAUUGUUUUAUCUUCUUUUUUUCACACUCACCCUUCAAUGUCUUGUAGCUUCUUCAGCUAUUCUAUACAGCUUGAAACACCACCACAACAAUAUCCACCACCAAAGACCAAUGAUUCAUGCUAACCAAACAAACUGUGCAUUGUUUGUAGGGACAUGGAUUCCUGAUGACACUUACCCUUUUUACCAAUCCUUAAACUGUCCCAUGAUAGAUCCACAGUUCAACUGCAAAAUGUUUGGUCGCCCUGAUACUAAUUACCUUAAAUAUAGAUGGAGACCUCUCAACUGUGAGCUUCCAAGGUUCAAUGGUGUUCAGUUUCUGAUGGGAUUGAAAGGGAAGAGUAUUAUGUUUGUUGGUGACUCUUUGGGGAGGAAUCAAUGGGAGUCAUUGAUUUGUAUGAUAUAUACUGCAGUGCCUCAGUCACAAACACAGCUUGUUAGGGGAGAGAUACUCUCAACCUUCAGAUUCUUGGACUAUGGUGUGACCCUUUCUUAUCAUAAAGUUCCUUAUCUGGUAGAGAUUGAUGUGGCUCAAGGGAAGAGAGUUUUGAAGCUUGAGAAGGUAGAUGGGAAUGGAGAUGCGUGGAGGGAUGCUGAUAUAUUGUCGUUUAACUCUGGACAUUGGUGGACACAUCAAGGAUCUCUUAAAGGGUGGGAUUAUAUAGAAUUAGGAGGCAAAUACUACCAAGAUAUGGAUCGUUUAGAAGCAAUGGAAAGAGGUUUGAAAACAUGGGCUAAUUGGGUGGACACUAAUAUUGAUCAAAGCAAAACCAAAGUCUUCUUUCUUGGAAUUUCUCCUACACACACCAACCCAAAUGAAUGGAUCUAUGGAUCAACAACAGCAACAUCAAAGAAUUGCUAUGGUGAAACUGCUCCAAUCAGUGCAACUGGCACAGCAUACCCGGGUAUAUAUCCGGAACAAAUGAAGGUUGUAGACAUGGUGAUUAGAGAAAUGAAGAACCCUGUUUAUCUUCUAGACAUCACGAUGUUAUCAGCAUUUAGAAAAGAUGGACAUCCUUCGGUUUAUAGUGGUGAUUUGAGUCCCCAGCAGAGAGCCAAUCCUAUUUACUCUGAUUGCAGUCAUUGGUGUCUUCCUGGAUUACCUGAUACUUGGAAUGAGUUGUUCUACACUACAUUGUUUUACUAAAAUUUUGUGUUUUUAGUACUAGAUGAUUAAUUAACACAAUUAUUUAUCACUAUUUUUUUUAAUGUUUUUUAAGUAGGUAAUGCAUUUAUUGAGGGUUUCAUAUGAUUGCAGUUUGCAACUGUUUCAUAUGUAAACAUAUAUUUUAAUGAAGUUAUGUAAAGACAUGUUUCUAAAGAAAAUUAGAAAAAUUAGGCUUAUUACUUUUA